GGAGUUGAUUCACGGACCUCUUUUAUCAUGUUCGAUCCCCUUUCGUCUUUCAAAACAAGUACAGAGGCGUGCGACAGAAAGUUUGGUUCAUGUGGGACGGUGCCGUAUUUAUAUUGACCAUUUAAAAACUCAUCCGUAGACUCGCUGAUUUGGGACAAUCCUUCAACAUCUACCAAGCUACCGCCUACACAUUUUUCAGAAUUAGUCGGAGAUGCGUUCACAAAAAGCAAUAGUGACUGGAAGACAUUCUAUAGCGAGCUGAAAGCCAAGAAAAUAGUAGCACUUAGACGUUCUCAAUUAAGCGAGCAGUUAUGCUAUAUCAAUCUUGAUAAUAUUUCAUAUAGAAACGGUAAGACUGGUGAACAGCCAUUGUACGCUAGAAUUGCAUUUGUUGCUUACUGAACGAUCGCGACUGGGCGCAUUUUGAGUUUACACCUAUUGGGGGAGCACCGACUGUGAACGAAGACGCGUAUGUUACUUACCCAUCGAAAGGGAUUGUUGUAAUAGAAAUUCCCUGUCUCGGAAUUGGCGGUGAAUACCUUGUAUCAGCAUAUUAUCAAGCACCCAAUUGCCUCGGCAGUACCCACUGUUCUGGAAGGUACGCAAUCGAUAGUGUUUAUCAGUUUCCUUUAGCAAACGUAACGAUUUCGAUUGCUGGAAACUCUAAAAGCACGGACGACGCUUAUGCUUGCCAACUGAUAUCGAUUAAAGUGCCGAUCGGGUUGGGGUUUUGGAGCCACAAUAAAAAAAGUGUGGAACUCUUACUGCAACAAAACUUCACCCGCACUUCCCAUUAAGGAUGAAAGCACUAUGCUGCACCUGGUAGGAGACAGUACCAUGGAAGAACUUGUAAGUGCGCUUGUUGUCAAUGGUACUCUGAAAGGUCACGCCGGUUGCGGCGGAAACGAAAAGGCUUCUGAAAGACCUUGUCACAGUUAUUACACGGGCACUUCACGAGGAGUUGCUUUUACGUUUACCUUGAUAACAGAGUCAUCUGGCUGGAGAACGAAAUAUAAAGAUCCACAGAUCGGGAACACAGUGGCACCCUGGAACUCAGCGAGCCUUCUCGAAACCUGUACAUUCAUCACAAAAGUACGAGAACAGUCUUCAGUUGAAACAAGGCACAUUGUAUUAUUCAAUUUUGGGCUGCACGGUGAGUCCAACCACGGGUUUUUUCGUUUGGCUUACGAGCAAGCUCUCGUCUCUUUACAGAAGAAUCUAGGGCAUUUUGCAGGUAUAAUUGCCGUCGGAAUCUCCCCCUCGAAUCCAGCUCGUAAAACCUAUAAAGGUAUGGAUUGUCGGUCGGAAGUAAAUGUAGCCAAUGCCCGAGAAAUCAUCGAAUGUGUAGCAAGCAGACACGGCAUCCCGGUUUUGGAUAGAACGCUGAUGCAAUUCGGUCUUUAGUCAUUGUACAAAGACUAUGUGCAUUUGGGUUCCACCAGAGAUGCGUAUGAAUUCGCCACUUCAUUGUUGAUGAAUUUGUUCGAGCUGCAGUCUAUAUUGCACGUGCCUCGGAACUGUGACAGCCGUGACAGUUGUCGCUGUGAUAAAGGCCUGAGACUGAAGAUGUAACGCAAUCGCCGUUGAAUUUUAGCCAUGAGUCAUCGUUGAUUGAUUUUUCAAAAUAAAUGUCAGAAACAAUCAAAAUGCAAGCGGGUAAAUAAAGAUGUGCCUUCUAUUUAAC